AUGGAAGCUAGAACCAAACAAUUAGUAGAGGCUGAGAGGGAACAUUUACUAAGUCAGCUUUCCCACCUCAUCCCCAAUUUUGAUCCAAGCAUGCUUAAACCGAAAACUAGCCCCUGUCAAAACCAAGGUCUACAGCAAAGUCCCAUGAAUCCAAUGUCUGAUAAAGCAAGCUGUUCUGGGGCUGAAGUGAGAUCCCUACAUUUAGAGGAUGAUACUGCCAGAAAUGGGGAACAGCAGGAACAAACGGGUAAUGAGGUACUCGAUUAUUCCAAUGUGGAGGUGCCAUCUUCCUUACAAUCCCUUUGUGGUUAUGUGGAAACUACACUAAAGCCACAGGGGAAGAUCAUGACCUUCAACAUUGAGAAGGAGGUGUUUGGUGCAGAUCGAAGUACCUUCGUCUUGCAUGAAGAUAUUACACAGUUUGCAGGCAUGGAAGAAAUUGGGGCUACUGUGGUUGCAGUAUAUAUGAGGUGCUUAUAUGAUCUUUUGAGAGAAGCAAAUAUGUGCAGCAUGGUUGGCUUUAUCGACCCUGCUCAAGUUAGUGCCAACGCUGGGUCACUAACUGACAGAUCACGAAUUGUAGCCAGUCGACUUCAGAAAACAGAUGGUGAACAGAUUUUCAUGAUGCCUUACAAUCCAGGCCGUCAUUGGGUCUUGCUGAUUGUGAGGGCAAAGAGGGAAACCGUCUAUUUUCUGGAUCCUCUGCCUGGAAAUCGUGUGGUUGAUGAGGAGGGCAAAAACAUCGUGAACAGUGCUUUAAAAAUUUAUAAUUCCCACAUAGGCAGACCAGGCCGUAAAGCACCAAUUUGGAAAACUCUGCCAGGCACACCAAAGCAACCCAGCAGUGUCGAAUGCGGGUAUUAUGUCAUGCGCUUCAUGAGGGACAUCAUCAUGGAUCCUUCCUUGGAGUUUGAGAAGAAGUUUGCCAAGGGAAAAGAUCAAGCGCCAUACCCCCAAGCAGCCAUUGAUGAAGUCAGGAAAGAAUGGGCAGAGUUUGUUUGCCUUCAUAUGGAUUAG